GAUGCCGAGAUUUGGGAGUCGAUCCUGCAAGACUAUCACGAACAGGCGCGCAAAUAUCCGUACAUGCUCAAGACCAAGAUCCGCGCGGGCAUUCCUUCGCAUCUGCGGCGCCGGCUCUGGCGCGUGAUGUGCGAUGCCGACACUGACCACUGGGGCAGUGUCUACAACAACCUGUUGAAGCAGGAGAUCGACCCAGAGCUGGAGCGCAUCAUCAAGGUCGAUGUGCAGCGAACCUUCCGCAGCGCCGAGAUCUUCCGCGAGGAGGAAGGCGUGGGCCAGACGAGGUUGACCAAUGUCCUGAAGGCGUUCAGUGUCUAUGACACAGAAUGCGGAUACUGCCAAGGCUUGAACUGCGUUGUGGCUCCUUUGAUCAUUGAAGGCAUGUCCGAGGUUGAGGCCUUUUCGGUUCUGAUCCGGCUGAUGGAGGACAUCAAGAUCUCCUCAGCCACGGGCAGGUCCAAGUUCCCGUUGCGGUCGCUCUUCAUCGAGUCACUCGUGGGUCUGCACCAGAUCCUCAGGUUCCACGACGAGCUCGUCAAGAUUCGCCUGCCGGUGCUGUACGAGCACUUCGAGCGGCACGAGAUCGAUGCCACCAAGUAUGCCCAGACAUGGUUCCUGACGCUGUUUUCGUAUCAAGUGCCGAUCCCGUUUGUGCUCCGGAUCAUGGACAUUAUCCUGAGCGAAAACGCCUUUGAGACUCUGCUGCGGUUCUCGCUCGCACUCUUGCGCCGGAACCAGUCGCUGCUGUUUGAGCUCUCAGACAUGGAGGCCAUCGUGGGUGUCCUGAAGACCAGCGCUAUCUUCAAGUCGUACGAGUCCAAUCCGGAGGAAUGGGUGGAGGAUGCCAUGGAGAUGACGGAAUAUGUGAUUCCGUAUCUGGCGUCCCAGUCAAGCUAG